AUGCUUCCUCUAAUGCAGACUUGGGCAUUGUCUAUUGCUGUCAUCGUCAUUGCGAGUGCCACCAGAAUUUGGUAUAAACUUGUCUCUAGACACGUGCCAAACCCCUAUCUUGACGAAGUGUUUCACGUUCCCCAGGCGCAGAGAUACUGCAAGGGUGACUAUUCUUGGGACCCAAAAAUCACCACUCCUCCUGGCCUGCAAAAAGGGCAAGGUAGUCAAGAUGAGACACAAACCCAAAAGGCCGAGAGCAAACAAACGGCUCUGGUUGAUGCUCACACCGCUCUUAACAUCGCCCUGUUUCCUCCUCUGUUCUUCUUCUCUGGGCUCUAUUACACAGAUGUCAUUUCCACUCUCCUUGUUCUCUUGAGCUACAAUAUGUUUCUAAAGAGAGGAAGGGGAAGAUGGAGAUUCUGGGAAAACUUCACCUAUAUUCAAGUCGGCAUUGUAGCUCUCUCUUUCCGGCAGACGAAUGUCUUCUGGGUUGCGGUUUUCCCAGCUGGACUCGCAGUCAUCGACACUCUCAAGAAAAACGGGGCAGCCUCUGCAUUCUCGAAGACGACGUGUUUCAGGGAAGCUUUGAAGGAAAGCUGGGUUAGAGGCCGUAUUCAUGAUUGUCCAGUACAAGAAGCUGGACUUCAAGAUGUUGUACUCUUCUCGAUAUCAACACCUAUCGCAGUCCUAGGGAGACUUUUCACGGUACUGAGAGAACUCUUGCCAUAUCUUGUUCUGUUGGGACUCUUCGCUGGCUUCGUAGCCUGGAAUGGCGGGGUUGUCCUUGGGGAUAAAUCAAACCACAUUGCCACGAUUCACCUCCCACAGAUGCUCUAUAUCUGGCCUUAUAUCGUCUUCUUCUCCCUUCCUUUAGCGGCCGUUCCCUUUCUCUCCCCUCUUGUGAGAGGAUUCCUCACAAGCCAAGUUCAGACAUUUUAUGAGAAAAACCUCGUCGGGCGAGCGAGUAUUUCAGCACCGGGAUUUGUCUCAGCCAUAUUAUUCCUCGUUUUUGGCCUAGGCGCGGUCCAUUUCAACACCAUCGUUCAUCCAUUCACACUCGCAGACAAUCGGCACUACGUCUUUUAUGUCUUUCGCAUCCUUCGUCGACACCCGGUUAUCAAGUACCUCGCCGUUCCGAUCUAUUACUUGUGCUAUUGGAUGACAAUUCAAGCCCUAGGAUCUCGUUGUGUUGAAUCCAUUAGUAGUAACAAGCCACGCCUCGACAAAGUGAAGCCAAUUAGCGACAAGGCAGAUUUUCAGCCUUGCCAAAUAAGCUUUUUUGCCGUCUGGCUGGCUACAACUGCCCUUUCAGUGAUCACAGCUCCCUUGAUUGAGCCUCGUUACUUCAUCAUCCCUUGGAUCAUAUGGCGUCUCCAUAUAUCCAGUCUUGCAGCUUCACCUUCUACGAAGCGCCUGAGUGGAAAUGUUUCAUACAACAUGCGCCUUGCACUCGAAACGGUUUGGCUUCUUGCUAUAAAUGCAAUUGUUGGAUAUAACUUCCUAUAUCGUGGGUUUUCGUGGACGAGUGAGCCAGGGAGAGUCCAGAGGUUCUUGUGGUAA